AUGUCGCACUUCGGAAGGUCAGGUCCGCCGGAUAUCAGUGACACCUACUCUCUUCUCGUCCUCAACAUCACCUUCCGUACGACUGCUGAUGACCUCUAUCCACUAUUCGCAAAGUAUGGCAAGGUCGUGGAUGUCUUUAUUCCCAGAGAUCGAAGGACUGGUGAUUCGCGUGGUUUUGCAUUUGUUCGCUACAAGUAUAAAGAUGAAGCUCACAAAGCAGUGGAAAGGCUUGAUGGAAGAGUUGUUGAUGGCAGAGAAAUCACUGUUCAGUUUGCAAAAUAUGGCCCAAAUGCUGAAAAAAUUUCAAAAGGAAGAGUUGUGGAACCAUCUCCAAAGUCACGGAGGUCAAGAAGCCGUAGUCCUCGAAGGAGCGUUAGUCCGUCGUAUAGAAGCCGCCGUAGUCCUAGGAGAAGCCGCAGUCCCCGCAGGAGGUCGCGAGAUGAUUACAGGGAAAGAGACUACAGGAAGCGGAGCAGAAGCAGGAGCAGAAGUAGAAGCUAUGAGAGGCGUGAAAGGCAUGAGGAGAAGGAUAGAGGUCAUCGUCGGCGCAGUAGGUCUCGUAGUGCAAGCCCAGACGACAGACGCAGAGUCAGAGGCCGCUAUGAUGACGAGAGCCGCAGUCGCAGCCGCUCCUUGAGUGCAUCUCCUGCUCGACGCAGCCUCAGCCCUAGAAGUGCCUCCCCACAAAAAGCCUCUCCUGUUAGAGAAGUCUCUCCUGCUCGCCGCAGCCGUAGCCCAAGAAGAAGUCCUUCCCUGCAAAAGCACUCUCCUCCAGCUAAGGAGUUGUCUCCUGAGAGGAAGAGCAAUGAUAGGCUCCCAUCUCCUGGUAACCGCUCUCCCCGGGACAAAGCUCGUAGUCAAUCUCCUUAUGCUGAGGAAUGA